AUGCCAGAGUCAGAUAACCAGCCGCAGCCUUCUGCGAAGGACUCCAAAUUGCUCGGACCGCAAGACACUAUCGAUAACCCACAUGCGGCGAGACUCCCAAACGCCGUUUACGGUGGGCAACAGCCCCCUUCAGAAAUUACCUACGUCUCGUACGAUGAUGCUGUCGCGAUAUGCAGAGCCAAGGUGGAGAAAAUUGUCAAGGAAUGUCGUCGGAUCAAUAUAAGAUAUCGAGAUCCGCAUUUCGACCUUGAGGCGGACCUCAAGUUGGGACGACGGGAUUGCUUGGAGUCGCUCCCAAGCUUCCAAGAAGGGAAGCCGCCGGGGCACACGUUCAAGCCCCAAAGUGCGAAACGAGUGGUUGAUAUAUUUGACAAGCCGCAGUUCUUUGUUGACGCACCUUCGGCCAACGAUGUCAAGCAGGGCAGAGAUGGAGACUGCUGGCUCAUGGCGGCUCUGUGCACAUUGAGCAACAAGCCUGGCCUUAUUGAGAAGAUUUGUGUGGCCCACGAUCAGGAUGUUGGUGUUUAUGGGUUUGUUUUCUAUCGAGAUGGUGAAUGGAUCUCUGAGAUCAUUGACGAUUAUCUCUAUCUCACCAAGCCAGAUUACGACGAGAGCUACUUGGAUCGUGUGCUGUUUGAUGAACUGGAGAGAGCUAACCCCGAGGAAGCGUAUCGUCGGGUAUAUCAGUCCAACAGCAGUGCCCUCUAUUUUGCCCAGUGCCAGCACCCUCAGAAGACAUGGCUACCGCUUCUAGAAAAGUGCUAUGCAAAAGCACAUGGAGACUUUGCUUCCAUCGAGGGUGGCUUUGGCGGCGAAGGCAUUGAAGACCUCACCGGUGGCAUCACAUCUGAGCUCUUUACCAGUGAUAUUCUCGAUAAGGGUGAGCUCCUCCGAGUAAAUGACGAGUUUCUUUUCGGUUGUAGCACAGGUGUUUGGGGCCUAAAUCGAAGUGAUAACAAAGGAAUUGUCGAGCUUCACGCCUAUUCUGUCCAGAAAGCCGUGGAAAUCGACGGACAGAGGCUGUUGCGCCUGAAAAAUCCCUGGGGAAAGGGGGAGUGGAAAGGGGCAUGGAGCGACGGCUCGAAAGAGUGGACUUCAGAGUGGCUACAGAAGCUGGGUCAUAGAUUUGGAGAGGAUGGAGAUUUUUGGAUGACAUACAGCGAUCUUCUGCGAAAAUUUCAAGCAUUUGAAAGGACACAACUGUUUGGGCCGGAUUGGGGCGUGGCGCAAACUUGGACAACCCUCACAGUUCCUUGGACGACGAGUUACCACGACACCUCUUUUUGCUUCACUAUUUCAAAACCGGGGCCUGUGGUGAUUGUUCUCUCCCAGCUUGACGACCGGUAUUUCAGAGGCUUGCAGGGCCAGUAUCAUUUCCAGCUUGCUUUUCGUCUACAUAAGACAGGCCAUGAGGAAUAUAUCGUCCGCAGCCAAAGUCAAUAUCGCAUGCGGCGAUCAGUCAAUGUUGAGGUCGAACUUGAGCAAGGCAGUUAUCAAGUGAGGCUGAAGAUCAUUGCAAGUCGUCGUGAACAAGUGCUUCCUCUUGAUCAAGUCAUUCGGAACAACGCCAAAAAGAGGCGGGACAAACUUAUUCGAGUCGGCUUGGCCUAUGAUCUUGCACAUAGAAAAGGCAAGUUUGUGGAAUUGCCAGAAGAAAAGGCGGCCAAGGAAUCGAGAGACAGGACAAAAAGGCAAGCUAAAAGGGAGGAGGUAAAGCACAGGAUCCUGUGCGCCCGGGAAGAGUCACAUUAUAUGCGACGAAAGCAGCUGCGCCGAGAGAAGAGGAGGGCGAAGAACAAGGGUAGAAUGCAGUCCAGGGUCGAAAAGAGGGACAACCUAACAGCUUCCAAUUCUGACCUCAAGGUAGCACAAGGAAUGGGAAGAGUCUCUCCUACCGAUGAAGCCUCAAAAGACCACCGACAAGUCAGCCGAAAGGAAGAUCCAGCUAGCUCUGAAGAUUCGGAGUCCCUGUCAGAUCUGUCUAGGCGGGAACUGGAUUUGGAGAUUGAUGCCCACCUCAAGGAGAGCAGGGAGCCCGUGAAAGAAGGAUGCCCUCCCGGAGCUGACCAGGAGGAACUGGAUGAGUUUGAAAAAGACCCGUGGAAUGCGGUUGUAGUUGUCGGCCUCCGAGUGUACUACAAAAUAUCAGAUACCGACGAGAAUCCCCAAGUCGUGAAGCUGAAGGUAGUCCGGCCACAGCUUCUCGAAGGUGUGAGCAAGGACGAGAUGGAGGAAUGCCAGAAAAGCCAGGGCCUGGACAUAGACGACAGCUCGAAGGAUGCCACGCUAGAAGGGGGUAUAGCGGCAAGGAAGAAAAGCAUCAUUGGUGAAGAGGUGCGAAGUGUCCGCAAGGACAAAGAGCAACUUUGA